GCUUGUCACCUAAUCCUAUCUGUGUGUGCUCCAACGCAGGAGGGAAAUACUGACGAGAAACACUUCCGUUUAGGACAUUGUACUGUGCCGGCAUCGUUUGUAUUCAAUAACUUUAUUCCCAUUCAGGUAAACAAUCUAGGAUGGCACAGAACAAGGUUACGUUUAAGUCUGAGAACAAACUUGGGGACUGUCCAGGAGUUGUGACGGGUGAUCCAGCCGUGACAAAGAAAGGGCUUGUAGUAAUCCAGGAAUGGUGGGGUAUGAAUGAGCAAAUUAUUCAGGAGGCAGCACUCAUAGCAAAGUCAGGGUUUGUGACCUUGAACCCUGACCUUUAUAGAGGAAAGGUGGCAAAAGAUAAUGAGACUGCUGGACAUUACAUGAAUGAUUUAGACUGGCCAGGAGCUGUGGCUGACAUUAAAGGAGCUAUUUUAUAUCUGAAGAAUGCUGGGUGUACAAAGGUUGGUGUGACUGGGUUUUGUAUGGGAGGAGCCCUCACUCUUGCCUCAGCUGCAUUAGUUCCAGAGGUUGAUGCUGCAGCACCAUUUUAUGGGAUUCCAGGCAAAGCACUGUGUGAUUUAAAGAAUAUAAAGUGUCCAGUUCAGUGUCAUUUUGGUAACUUAGAUACCAUGGAAGGAUUCUCUGCUCCCAAAGAUCAGGAAUUGUUGGAACAAACAUUAAAAGAGACUGGAGUUGUUUUUGAAUUUUACCGCUAUGAGGCUAACCAUGCCUUUACCAACACCACUGGCCCUAACUACAACAAAGAAUGCUGUGACUUAGCACUGAAACGCAUGUGUGAAUUCAUGGGCAAGAAUUUAAGUUGACUUGGACCUCAAUUGUAAAACUACACAUUAUAUAAUGCUAGUCUAAAACUACACAAUAUAUAGUGCUAGUCAAAACUACACCUAGUCAUUUAAUGAUUGGUUGGUUGGUUAUUUUUGGUGUGCCGGCAGCAUUUUGAUUCAUAUCAGUACUUAUUUUUUGUAUGAAGUGGACUUUUUACAUGUUUAAAACUGUUUGAAAAAAUAUUAAAUGAGAAAAUCAUCUUAG